AUUUCUUUUUAUUAUUAUCCACGAGAGACCGAAGAAAAACCUAAAAAAGAAGAAGAAAAGCAAAAAUCUCUCUCCUAAGAGAAGCCAUGGCAGGAGUUGGACCGAUGACUCAGGAUUGGGAACCAGUUGUGAUCCGUAAGAAAGCUCCUAACUCUGCCGCUAAGCGCGACGAGAAGACUGUCAACGCCGCUCGUCGAAGCGGCGCCGAUAUCGAGACCGUUCGGAAAUUCAAUGCUGGAUCCAACAAGGCUGCAUCAAGCGGAACCUCCUUGAACACGAAGAGGCUUGAUGAUGACACUGAGAACUUAUCUCAUGAUCGUGUGCCUACUGAGUUGAAGAAAGCCAUCAUGCAUGCCAGAGGGGAGAAGAAGCUCACUCAAUCGCAACUCGCCCAACUGAUCAAUGAAAAGCCACAAGUGAUCCAAGAAUACGAGUCAGGGAAAGCAAUUCCAAAUCAACAGAUCCUUUCGAAGCUGGAGAGAGCUCUUGGUGCCAAACUCCGUGGAAAGAAGUAAGGAACAAAUCUCUCUCAAGCUAUAAGAAAAAAAAAAAAAAGCUAAUCCCAGUUUCUCCAGUUCAGAUGCUUUUACCAUAUGCUAUGAAAACUAUAUGGUUGGUUUAAUGGCAUAGUAGUGUGUUGCGAGGAAUCUUUUAUGAUGUAAGACACAAACAAAGCUGUUUGGAACCUUUUGUCAUUAUAAAUAAUCUGUUUUCGUUUU